UAGGUAAGCGGUCGUGUGCGGGUGGUCCUGGUGAAUGUGCAAGGCCGCGGUGGCUGCGUGACAAGCCUGUGCUACCAGUGCGCCCGCUGGCCAGGAAAACGGCGCCUGUGAUAGAUCCUUUCGUAACACCAGGACAGCCCUAUUACUGGUGCUUGGACAGCUUUCUAGCAAGUCUCUUGGAAAUCUGAGGAGGAGAUGGAGCUGGCGAAUACUCUAAGUCAAGACGGCGAGUCCAGAGGAGGUGUUUUAGCUCACUUGGAAAGACUAGAGACUCAAGUGAGCAGAUGCCGUAAAAAACUGGAAGAGCCACAGAGCACACAGGCAGUGGAAAGUGCUCUUGGAACCAGGAUUCAUGAAUUGAGACGUCUGCGAGAUAAGCUGAGGGCUGAAGUGAAACAACAUCAAGCUAGAGUUAAAGCAUCUACUACCAAUGUAGAACCGGACCAAACAUUAGAGAUUACUGAGCAAGAAAUUUUGAAGAGAAAACGGGAAAACGUGAAAGCCAUUCUGCAGGCAUAUCGUUUUACAGGGAUCAGUGGGAAACUGACCAGCCGAGGAGUCUGUGUCUGCAUCGGCACUGCUUUUGAGGGGAAUCUGCUGGAUUCCUAUUUUGUGGACCUUGUCAUGCAGAAACCACCUCAGAUACAUCACCAUUCGAUUCCAGUCUUCAUCCCCCUAGAGGAGAUAUCUGCAAAAUACUUACAGACUAAUAUUCAGCACUUCCUGUUCACUCUCUGCGAGUACCUGAAUGCUUACUCUGGGAGGAAGUACCAGGCAGAUCGACUUCAGAGUGACUUUGCAGCCUUUCUGGCUGGGCCCUUGCAGAGAAACUCACUGUGCAACUUGCUGUCGUUUACUUACAAAGCAGAGCCGGAAGGCCAGUCCUUCCCAUUUUGUGCUAGACUGCUGUAUAGGGACCUCACGACAACUCUUCCAACUGAUGUCACUGUUACUUAUCAAGGGACGGAUGCAUUAUCCACCACACGGGAAGAACAGCGAGCAGCCCAUGAAAAUCUGUUUUUUACAAAGCCCCUACAUCAAGUGUUUACUUCAUUUGCAAGCAAAGGAGACAAGUUGGAUAUGAGCCUGGUCUCCUAGAAUAUUAUUUUCAUUGGGAACACAUCAGAAGUGAGUAAACUAGUACUGACCACAGUUGCAAGCAAGGUCCUGGGAACUGAAAACUGUUGAAAGGCUCAGACUCCUUGCCUGGGGACCGUCCUUGCAAUGAGAACAGACACCCACCUCAUCAGCAUGGUUAGGGACAAGUUUGAAUCUGUAGACCCUGGCAUUUUCGGACAGUUCUCCAUGAUUGCCUGGUCAUUUGUUACAGUGCUCAAGAGUAUCUCUUGAGAUAUUGAUUUGAUCAUACAUUUUAGCUGAAAAUCAGAGUGGUCUGUGGGGUAAUAGAGAGCAUUUUGUGAAAAAGGGAGUAUGUACCAUUCAAUUGAAGAGUAUUUCUAGCUUUUAUGAUACCUUCAAGUAAUUUUGCCUUACUUUCCUUAUCUGCGACUUUUGAAAAGAAAGUUCUUAGAACACUCUAGGUUCAUGAUAUGACAUGAAUCAUAUAGUUAAGAAGGGAAGUGUGUUUAAUCUUUGGUUUGGAACGGAAUAUUCUAGGUCACUGCUUUACAAAGAAUAUGGCAUGAGAAGGUACUAUGGAUAAAACAAUCGGGGUUCCAUGUAUCUAAUGUCGUUUCCUAGAACAUGUUUGUUAGUAGAGCACAGAGUGUAUUAAGCUCAGCGGUAAAAAAGCAUGAUCAGAGGUCUCCUCAUAACUUGAUCACUGCAGAGGGAAGCGGACCCCCCUCCUUUGUCUCUUCCCUCCCCUGCAAGCUCCAGGCCCUGGCUGCACAUGUGUCUUCCUCAUCUCCUAGUCCAGGUAGGGUACCACUUCUUGUAACCAUGGCCUCUGCUCUGCUGGUGCUUUUUGUUCCUUGUCUUGAGAGUAUACGCAGGGCUAGUGCUCAGAUGUAAAAACCUGUCAUCAUGCCGUUUUAAUUCCUGUCCCGUUUCCCGCCCCGCCCCACCCCCCCCAGUCACAAAUAGGAGUCAUUACCACCCGUACUGCCCAAGGCCAAGACCUGAUGACCACACAGCAACCUGCAGGUGUGGCAGCCCCAGCUAACUCUGGGAGGAGCGCAGGGGAAUGGUCAAGCCAGCUUGGACCACCAUUUAGAAAGAAGCAGCUUAAGAAGAGAGCAAGGUCCUAGUUUAAGCUGUUGCCUUCCAGGCACAUGGUGAGGACAGUGUGGGAAGGAGCAAAGCACUUCUCAGAUGAGGGCUGUUAACAGAAUUUUCCCAGUGAUCACAUUCAAGUUGAAUAAAGCUUUUAAUAAAACAGUCUUGUUCUUUAUCAAUACCUGUAAAU